UGUUUCCCGCGCCGCUAGCUUGCCGCGCUCGGUGCCGCUGCAGCCUCCGCGGUCGUCAGCAGAGAACUCACCGCUCCGGUUCGUGCUCCUACAAAUGCCACCGGACACCGACAGCGGCCUCGGACCGGACGGACGGACAGCGACGGGACGGCGACCCGCGGGACUCACCGGGAAACAUGGCGGCGGGAACAACAACCUGCUCGGUACCGUAGCGACGAUAAAUCAGAGAGGAACGACGCGGUUGGCGGGCUGGUAGCGGAGGAGCAUCACUUUACACAGGUCAACGAAUAUCAGCGCAACACCAGACCAUGAGGGGAAACCUGAAGGCAGCAGCUUGUUUCUGAGCAACAACAACAACAACGACAACGACAACAGCAACAACAACAGCGAGCGGAACCACACAGCAUGGGCUACAAGAUCCCCGGCGCAGCGAUGGACAGAGUCAGCCUGCUGUGGCGUCUGAGGCGUCGGGCUCGCCGCGGAGUGCUCUGCAUGGCCUUCUUCUGCAUCUCCAUGGCCCUGCUCUACGCCCUCUGCGCCGAGAACAGCGUGCCCGUCACAGACGCCAUCUUCGGGGUCCGGGCGAGAACCCGGGCUCAGCCUCGUACCCACUCUGUCAUCAAGGUGCUGCGCGGCGGAGCCAAGCCGAUCAACAUCGACCCCCAGAAGCUCCCGGGGGUCGUCCCAGGGGACCCUCACCGCCCAAUCCCGGUCCUCUCCUCUCCAAACCACACCCAUGAAGCCGCCGCGGACACGACGCCGAAGCGGAGGCCGAGAGAGCGGGACACCUCUGGGUUUUUCUCUCGGCUGCUGCCGCGCCCCUUCACUCGCGCGUUGGAGACCCUGUUUGGAGGCCGGCGGAGGGGGGACCUGAGCGGGCGAGGCGGGGACGCCGAGUUCUUCGGGCCUCACGGGCUCCUGGGAGAAGUCUGGGAUGACGAGAUGUCCAGUAACAUGCUGGGAAGCAGACUGAGGAAGGUGGUGCAGAAUUAUCAGGCGAUGAAUAAGUACGGGGUUGAGUUCUCGGGCCCUGGCGGCGUGUCCAGCAGGCCCAAGCUGAGCGGCCCAAAGCUUCUCUGCCAACUUAAGGACAAGGUGGAGGUCACGACUCUGACCCCUGACCUCAAGCCCUUCUCCUCGCUGCCCUGGGCCGCCCAGCUGCCGUCCUUGCAGCUAACCUCUGAGCUCGGGCCGUACAAGAGCUGCGCCGUGGUGUCGUCCGCUGGGUCGCUCCGAUACUCCGGACUGGGGAAAGAGAUCGACUCUCACGACGCCGUGCUGCGUUUCAAUGCCGCGCCCACCACCGGGUACGAGAAGGAUGUCGGAUCUAAAACCACAAUCCGCCUCAUCAACUCACAGGUGAUGGCGUCUGAUGACCACCGUUUCCUGUCCAGUUCUCUGUACAGCUCAGGUGCUCUGGUGGCCUGGGACCCCGCCCCCUUCUCUGCUGACCUCACUCAGUGGUACAACAGGACCGACUACCCCAUCUUCACCCAGUACCAGAGAUACAGGAGGCUCCAUCCUAUGCAGCCCUUCUACAUCCUGCAUCCUCGCUUCGAGUGGCAGGUCUGGCAACGAAUACAAGACAACAUGGCUGAGCCCAUCCAGAAGAACCCGCCCUCCUCCGGCCUGCUCGGCACCGUCCUGAUGAUGUCACUGUGCGAGGUGGUGCACGUCUACGAGUUCCUGCCGUCCCGCAGGAAGACGGAGCUCUGCCAUUACUACCAGCGUUUCUUUGACGCCGCCUGCACACUCGGCGCCUACCACCCUCUGCUGUACGAGAAGAACCUCGUCAAGCGGAUGAACCAGGGCUCCGACCGCGACAUCUACACCCAUGGACGCGUCAGGCUGCCCGGGUUCAGCAAGCUGAACUGCACCCAGGCCGCCGGCGGUGCACCCACACACUGACUGAAACACACAAACACACACAACGCGAAGCAUGAAGACACGGAACGGAGAGGACAGACGCAUGAACGCUUCGUACUGCCGAACCAAAAGGAACGCUCACUAUAAAUAGUCCAUGUUGUUACUAUAGGCUGUAAACACACACUGAUAGACGUGCCUGCUGUCCACACACACACUGAACUAACCCCAGUAUCAACCUUUAAAGGAUCAUACCACAGUUUAUGGUUAUUAUGUACACGUAACAUGAUAUUUAAGUGUCUUCCAGACAAAAUAAAUCAGCUCCUGCACACACUUCGUCCGGCAUUUCAUAUAAAAUAAUGACGUGAAAAAUGUGUGUGGAAUUAAUUGAAAAUCAGCAUUCAGAGACUUGAAACCUUACCUUUAAAAAUUCACUGGUGCAUUUUAAACAGGUUUCAAGUCUUAAAAAAUGCUUUGGAAACAUCCGUAAUAUGAAGUGGAGAUAAUUUAUUGGACUUAAACUAAAAUCAACGGUAUGGUCCUUUAACUUUAAUCUGUAACCAAACCAAAGUCUUAAACUGACCCACUGAAGACGUGAGAAUCCUCAUUAAUGAAAACAGUCUCCACCACCGCACAGACCUGUACAGAAAAGGCCUUUACUUUGGAAAUGUACAUACUGCAACAUGUUUGUCAUUCCACCGGGGGGGCGCCGUGCUCGCUCCUCCAUCUUUGACUUUUACUUUGAAAACCAAAUCACAAAGCUACUUUCCUUUCGACUGUUUAGACGGCAGCUGUUUCACUCUGAGCUCCAUUUCUCCUGAAGAGAGCUGUGAAUUUUAUUUUCUCUUUGUUUGACGGUAGAGUCGACUGGAUCAGAUCCUGGAUCAGUUCUUCACUGCCGGUACCGCUCCUCAAACCGUCCCGAUCACACCGAGGUCCAGCUCAUAAAGACUGUCUGCGUGUAUGAAGAAGACAGAAAAUACAGCUGCUUUGCUUUGGUUUUUUUGUUUCCUGUGGUUUGGAUUUUAGGUUUUUGAAUUUUUUACUGCCCUAUUUUCAGGGCUUUGAAAAGCACUCCUUCAAGCAGCAGGAUGUCCUGAAGUCUCGUCCCAAUGUGAUUGUAUUUGUUCUCAGACUGCGGGAGAGGAAGUUUACUUACUGGGAUUGGCGGCUUUAAGUGAAGGAGCCACAGCGAGACUACGCCCACGAUAAGCUCAUUUAAAAAAGCAUCUUUCUUCUUUCUUCUCAACAAAAACAGAUGUGUAAAUGGGAACAAAAAGUCCUUCUGUUGAGGUGUUUCAAUGUGGACAGAUAUUUAUGGAAAUAUCAUGUUCACGUGAAUCUAAGUCGAGGUGAAAUGAAAAAUGCUUUUUUAACUCUUUAAGGUCACAUCCUCGGUUAUAUUGUUCCCCUAUUUAACCAAUUAUGCUAAAAAACAUCACAAAAACUAAAUUUCUUUAUAUUUUUAUAUUUAAAUCCAAUCAUUGUGUCUUCCUGUGAAACUAAAUGUGACGCGUGCUUAGAUAAGCAUGAACUUAUGAACCCGUCAAUCAAUCAUUCAUUAGUUAGCUAGUGGAGCUCACUGAUUACUGUACAAACACAACUUUAUCAGAGAUUUGGGUGAAACUGGAUCAAAUUUUAUGGAGAGAUUAUUGUGUCUGGUUUUCCCUCUGACGUCCUCCUCCGCAACUGAACGGGGCUCAGCAGCCUCCAGUGAACCUCAGAGACAGACAGAGGACAGUUUGACGACAGCGGUACCGAGUGGAUUUAUGGAGGUUCCAGAUGGACUCGUUGCUAAAAGAAGCCAACUGUCACCCAACAGUAAUGUCAGAUGGCGUUAGCUUGUGCAGCUAACACCUCAUUACUAGAACUUCAAUCAGAAAACCCCGAAACAUGGAAGCAGCUUUGGAACCUGGCGGGAAGUUUCUGGUCCAAUCGGGUUUGUGCAGACAAUCAAAGCUUUAUUCAGUACUUUAUUCCCUGUUGUCAAACUGUCCUCUGUCUGCAUCGGAUGCUGCAUUCGGUCCCUGUCGGGCUGUGCUGUUCACUAUCGGGGACGUACCACACGGCGGUACUGGUCCCUCCCUAACUGCCUGUCUUUACAGGAAACACGUAAAUAUGAGGAAGCAAACAGCUCUUGUGGACUUUAAACAUUAUAUGAGUUAAUGUGGACGUAGUCUGAGAUCAAAACAGGAAGUAAACAAAUUUAAAUUUUAGGACUAUUGCAAGUUACGAGAGAAUACAGUGAAAAUACGGCGGUUGUAACUCCGACAGCACGGCACUCAGAUCGGUGAUGAGCUCAGAGUUAGCUUAGAUAGAUAACGUGUAAAUAAGACAGCUUUGUUUGAAGGUGUACCCCCCCCGCUGCUAAUCUUUAUGCUAAGCUAGGACGCACACUCUGUACCGGACAAACGGAGAUCUUUAAAUGUCGGACGGCGCCUUUAGGAAACCCGUUGGAGCGAGUAAAGACGCUCACACCUCACUGGAGAUAUUUAUUGAAGGAAAAACUUCCUGCGGAUUAUCCUAACCUCUCCUCUGAACAGUGAGCCAGUAAAAAACCUUAGAGUUUAACAGACUAACAAACAUUUUGUACCCACGUUGUCAACCCUGUAACAACCUAUUCCCAAUAACCUUUUUAUAUCUUAUAUAGUGUAUAUAUAUAUUACAGCAGUAAUACCCCGGAGGUCCGUGUCCACUGUGAUUCUCAGACAGUUUUAUUUCUACAAAUAUUCGUACGAACAUCCGAUUCUUUUGUAGUUCAGCAACAGUUAACUGAAACACCCUUUUGGCUGCAAUUUGAUUUAUUCUGAUUUCUUUUAGCUUCUUUGGCCACAUUUAAACAACAAUUCAACACACACAGCUUCUAGCUAACGUAGACGUGCUUCCAGAGGAAUUCGUGUCCGGUGGGACGUAACGAAAUCGGGAAACGUGUCUCUUUUUCUGUGCUUUUUAAAAAAAAUUACAAAUAUUUAAACAUACAAUAAUUCAUAGAUAAUUCACACGUAACUGCUGACACACCAAUACAUACAUAGACUCAUAUAACCUAUGUACAUCGGCACAUGUAGCUUCUAGCUAACGUAGAUAGCCUGAAGGAAUUUGUGUCCGGUGGGACGAACUAAAUUGGGAAAUCUUUUUGUGCACUUUUCUUUAAAUAAAACAUAUUUGUUAAUAACCCAAACAUUUAUAUAACCUAUUAUUGGAGGCACAAUAAAGAAAUUAAAUAAUUUCAGCAUAUAUUUUUUAAGUUCAUUAAGAAAGAAAAUGCACUUAAGAUAUCAAAGGUACUUGAGCUGCAACAAGAAUACCGGUAGUUAACGAUCAGCAAUAGCAAUUCAUGUAAUAGUCGAUUGUCAACUAUAAUUUAAAUGAUUAAAAUAAAUUAAUUUCUCUGAUUUAAGCUGCUAAAAGGUGAUUUUUUAUUUGUCUGCUUUCUUUAGUUCUCCGACGGUAAACUGAUCAUCUUUAAUAAUCAAUCGAUUAAGCAACUAAAUUGACUGUCGACUAUAAAAUGAUUUUAAUAAUUUCCCCCCCAAAAAAUCAAAUUCUCUGAUUUUAGAUUCUCAAAUGUAAACUUUUUUCUUUAGUCCUCUGACAGUAAACUGCAUAUCUUUGCAUUUUCCACAGUUUUCUAAGAUUUUAUGGAUCAAACAGUUUGAACAAGUCCUAUAAACACUGUUGACCUUCGAAUACCACAAAGUCCUGAAUGAACGUGAGAAUGAAUCACAGUAAAUCUGAGGAACUAGCACAUCGGCAUUAUAGUUUCAGUGCUAUCACAGUGAAGUACGGCCUCGAGGGUAUUACGACUUUUAUUCUAUUGUUACUGACGCAUGUUGUACCAUCUGUAAGUAGUGUAGCAACAGGAGAAAGCAAGCACACCCUCCAUCUCUGAUUAACAGAGACAUUAUCCGCAUGGCACGAAUUCUGCUUUUAAUCCCUUAAUUUUUCUACACUAAACGUGACCAUUGAUGUAAAAAGCAUUGUCAGCGUCACAUGUGAGCCCGGUCAUUUGCAUGCAGACAAAGACAACGAGCCUGGAUUAGCCCGUGUGACGGUGGAGAUUACGUUUGUCUAAAACGUGAUAGACCAAAGUCUACUUCCUCCUUUACUGUACUCUGAUAUGCUACGUGCUAGGCCAGCAUAUCUGAGGCUAGAAAGGGGCGAAUAUUUAGAGUCAGUACGAAGGAGAAGCUGCCGUCUGUAAUUGCUGUGAUUUUACCUUGAGAGGCGACGGAGGACGGUCGGUGGCGAGGAGUCAACGGAGCCGCCAUUAAACAGUUAAUCCUGCUAUGCCUUUUAUUUUAUUUUUUAAAAACUCGAAUCUGAGCUCGAGGCCUCGGAGAAAAAAACACAGCUCUGCUUUUGUUUUUCUAAUUAUUUCAGUUCCAUGUUUUCAUCAGAACUUUAUUCUUUAUUCAGGAGGCAAACACUUGAAUAAUUGAUGUCAUUACAUUUCACAGGAGAACUCGGAGAACGUUUCCUCGCUAUGCAGUCGCUCUCUCGUCCCGACUCCUGCUCCUUUAAUUUCAGCCCUCAGUGAACGUUUGUUUGAAGCGUUUUACAUAUUUUUAUUUUAGCGUACUGAUGCACUUUUUCCUCUGAGAGGGUCGCUUGUUACGCUGUUGACUUAAUGUUGUUGUAUUUAUUUUUUAUUUUCUCCUUCGUGGUAUCUUGUAAAAAAAAAAAAAAAAAACUGUCUAAAAACAUACAACUGAGCAUUUAAUAUUAAUGGAGAAUUCUUAUUUUCCUUUCGUUGUUUUUUCCAUUAGCAUCAGUUUUCCUUCAAUUAACUUUCACGAAAUAAUCAAGAGCUAAAGUGUAAAUGCCAAAUAUACAGUUUGUUUGUUCCCAAGUGAAAGAAGGGAUCACCAGCCAAACCUCUGAUUUAACUGCCUGAAUAUAAUUAAACAUUUACACAGUCUAUAAAACACACAGCUCUAAGUUAUGACCCCGAUUUCAUAACUUUAAUAUGUUUUAAACUCUGCAUGCAUCGAUUCAGUUCCUAAAACCAGUGCUGUAAAUGUUAAAGUCUGUCGGAUUAAUUACUAUUAUUGUUAUUGUUAUUAUUAUUAAUGUUGUAUUUUGAAGAUUCCUCAUUGUGUUACAGACGCUGUCAGUGAACUGUUUACAUGAUGUUCGACUUUAUGUUUCAGGUGUCACGUCAGCCAUUUUGUCUGUGUUGAGCAGGAGGUUGUGACAAUCGAGUGACGACGAAGAAGAAAAAAUACAUGUAUUUAAAACUUUAGGCCAUCGGUCAAUAAAGAACUGACAAUAAAAA